AGCGAGAUCGCCUCGGAGUAGUGCCCGCUACCUCUGCUCCUCUUCGGCAAGGACCCCGAGAGAAAGACGCCCGCAGCCUGACUGCUCGCCUGCUGCCCCGGCCCUCGCCUCCCUGCCCGCCGCGACCCCGCCGCGCCGGGCCUGUCUGCUGCGCCCCAGGUUGUUGGCGUCUCCGCCGCCGCGCUUACCCCGGCUCCUCCUGCGCGCCACAAUGAGCUCCCGCACCGCCAGGGCGCUCGCCUGCGCCGUCACCCUUCUCCACUUGACCAGGCUGGCGCUCUCCACCUGCCCCGCCGUCUGCCACUGCCCCCUGGAGGCGCCCAAGUGCGCCCCGGGAGUCGGGUUGGUCCGGGAUGGCUGCGGCUGUUGCAAGGUCUGCGCCAAGCAACUCAACGAGGACUGCAGCAAAACGCAGCCCUGCGACCACACCAAGGGGCUGGAAUGCAACUUCGGCGCCAGCCCCACCGCUCUGAAGGGGAUCUGCAGAGCUCAGUCGGAAGGCCGACCCUGUGAAUACAACUCCCGGAUCUACCAGAACGGGGAGAGUUUCCAGCCUAACUGUAAACACCAGUGUACGUGCAUCGAUGGCGCCGUCGGCUGCAUUCCGCUGUGUCCCCAGGAACUGUCUCUCCCCAACUUGGGCUGUCCCAACCCCCGGCUGGUCAAAGUUGCCGGGCAGUGCUGCGAGGAAUGGGUCUGUGACGAGGACAACGUCAAGGAACCCGCGGAGGACGACGAGCAGGAAGAGCUGGACGACCUCCUGGGCAAGGGGCUGGGCUUCGACGCCUCUGAGGUGGAGUUAACGAGAAACAACGAAUUGAUUGCCGUGGGAAAAGGCGGCCCGCUGAAGAGGCUCCCUGUUUUUGGCAUGGAGCCUCGCAUCCUAUACAACCCUUUGCACGGCCAGAAGUGUAUCGUUCAGACCACUUCAUGGUCCCAGUGCUCAAAGACUUGUGGAACCGGCAUCUCCACCCGGGUUACCAAUGACAACUCCGAAUGCCGCCUGGUGAAAGAGACCCGGAUCUGUGAAGUGCGGCCUUGUGGACAGCCGAUGUACAGCAGCCUGAAAAAGGGCAAGAAAUGCAGCAAGACCAAGAAGUCUCCCGAAGCAGUCAGGUUCACCUACGCUGGGUGUUCGAGCGUGAAGAAAUACCGGCCCAAGUACUGCGGCUCGUGCGUGGACGGCCGGUGCUGCAUGCCCCAGCAGACCAGGACGGUGAAGAUGCGGUUCCGCUGUGAGGACGGCGAGACGUUCUCCAAGAACGUCAUGAUGAUUCAGUCCUGCAGGUGCAGCUUCAACUGCCCGCAUGCCAACGAGGCCGCCUUUCCCUUCUACAGGCUGUUCAAUGACAUUCACAAAUUUCGGGACUAAGCGCUCCGUGGGCUUCCAGUGUCAGGGUGAACAAAGGAGGGAGAAGAGUGGCAGCGUCACGGAGACGUGGGUGGGGGCGGUGUGGGUGAAGGGACUCCUCGUAGAAGGGAUGCCUUGCUCAUUCUUGAGUAGUGCUAAGAUGUUUCAGAACUGCCGAGCGCGCUGGUGCAGAUGGCCUGUAACGCAGCCGCGACUGGAGAAUCCUUUGCUUCAUAGUAUUGGAGCACACAUUACUGCUUCAUUUUGGAGCUUGUGGUGUCAAUGACGUUCUGUUUUCUGUUUGUAAAUUAUUCGCUAAGCAUAUUUUUCUCUAGGCCCUUUUCCUCUCCUGUCUACAAUUGUAAAAGAGAUAAUAAGAUGCGGUGGACAGUGAAAGGCUUCCUUUGUCCUUUGACAGAAGUAAUGGGGAGGACAUUCCAUCCCUUCCCGAAAGUGACACUCUGUGAGUGGCCACGAGAGGCAGCUACCUGCACUCUACACAGCAAACAGAAAUCAGGUGUUUUAAGAUUGAAUGUUUUUAUUUAUCAAAAUGUAGCUUUUGGGGAGGGAGGGGAAAUGUAAUACUGGAAUAAUUUGUAAAUGAUUUUAAUUUUAUAUUCAGUGAAAAGAAUUUAUUUAUGGAAUUAAUCAUUUAAUAAAGAAAUAUUUACCUAA